UAUUUUAUAGAUAUUUACUAUAGUGCUUUUACCGAUUUUAUAUAUGUCAUUUAAGUCAACGUCUACACGAUGGCAGUCCGUUUACAUUUUUGACGUUUUAUGAUUUAGUAAGUUGCUUUUAAAUACAGACAGAAAGACAUCAUGUUAUACAGCAUUGCUCAAUUUCUGCGGACACCAGCAAUCGUCCUGCUGUUUCUGGUUGUCCUAGAGGUGACAUCACACGCGCAUGCAGACAAGAGUUUUGAAGAUGUGCGUUGCAAGUGCAUCUGUCCGCCCUACAGAAACAUCAAGGGACAUAUCUACAAUAAGAACGUUUCCCAGAAAGACUGCAACUGUCUUCAUGUAGUGGAGCCCAUGCCAGUUCCUGGUCAUGAUGUGGAAGCAUACUGUCUGCUUUGUGAGUGCAAAUAUGAAGAACGAAGUAGCAACACCAUCAAGGUGACCAUUAUAAUUUACUUGUCAGUUGUUGGAGCACUUCUGCUGUACAUGCUGUUCCUGCUUCUAGUUGAUCCACUGAUCCGCAAACAUGAUCCCUAUACCAUGCCAUUGCAUAAUGAGGAAGAGUCUGAGGAUGUGAGGCCUCGUGUGGAAGGCGCUCAGGGCCGUGGGAAUACAGUGCUGGAAAGGGUAGAGGGAGCACAGCAGCGCUGGAAAAAACAAGUCCAGGAGCAACGCAAGACUGUGUUUGACCGCCACAAGCUGCUCAGCUAAGCUCUCACUCUGGGUUUGGGGAGAAGGGGGCCACUGACUGACGAAACUUGCAUGAUGAUCUUAGAAUUUGAGAAGCUCAGUUGCAACAGACACUAAACGCUGCCUCAGGCCAUUCAGAGAUACUGUUUUUUUGGCAGAAUACAUUGACAGUCUGAUAAAAAAAUGCUAAUUUUAGAAGAAAACAUAUCUGACACAGUUUUGUGUAUCUGAGCUCCUCAUUUGUUUUUGUUUGGUAUAAGUUUUGCCAGUGGGCCUGCUGUCUCUGCAUUAGUAUUAUAAUAUUUCAAAGGCUCUCACGUUGAAGCUUGUGCAAACAUGGCAACAUGUUAAAAAGUUGUUAAUAGCUCUUAAAUUGCUCGACCAUUGACUUGAACACAAGUUGGGGGAUUGGCCACCUCUUCACAUUUUCUGACCAAAACACUUAAAGAAAUGUGUUAUCAUAUGAUAUGUGUUUGUUUUAAUUACUCUGCAUAUAUUGAUUUUGCUUUAAAAAGCAAUGUAUACUAAUAACACUGACCUGUUAAGCUGAUAAGCUGAAAUAGUUGCGCUUUUUAAUGUCCUGUCAUAGCACUGUUAAAGUUUCACUUUGCAUUUCCAAGGAAAAUGUAUAUAUUAAUACAUUACUGAUAAAUGUUUUUGUUUGUUUUUUAUUUUAUAUUGUUUACCUAUUUAUAAAUGGGUAUGAAUAAUGGAAUGUCAAAAACUUAUCUUUCAAAUGUCACAUUGUAUUAAUUUAAAAAUGUAUUUAUU